GAAGGGGAAAAAAACAUUUUAAAAUUAAACAACAGCUUCUGACCAAUCACAAUCCAGAACUAGUCAGAUAAACGCCAAGAGCGCAAUGACGUCACUCCCAGCUCGCUCUCUGAUUGGCCGGUGUGCUUGGGGGAGGGCGGUUGGAUUAGGAAGAAGAAGACAGCCAUCUUCGUGAGGUCGAACAAUGCCCAGACAUUGUUCUGCGACUGGCUGCAGGUCCCGUGAUAACAGAGAGGCUCGUUCAGCAGGAGUCACCUUUCACAGGUUGCCGAAGAAGGGAAAUCCCCGCCGCACCGCCUGGAUCACCAACGCCCGGCGUAAAGGCCCCGGGGGGAAAGGGCUCUGGGAACCUCAGAGCGACUACAUCUAUUUCUGCUCCAAACACUUCACCCUCGACAGCUUCGAACUCUCCGGAGUCAGUGGAUAUCGCAGGCUGAAAGAUGACGCCGUUCCUGUGAUGGUUGAAAUCCCUUCUGCGCAAAAAGGCAAGUCCUCCAGAGGAAGAAGCAAAACACAGAGUGGAGACAAACAUCUGAGUCCAUCCAGUCCUGAUAAAGAUCUCUCUGACUGUAAGGAGUCUCUGAUAAACAUUGCUCUGGGACACAUAGUUGAAGAUGAAGAAGCUGAAAGCAUCAAGUCACCCACAGAAGACCAUAAAAACGAAUCGUCUCCACCAUCGCCUUUACUGUUACAAACACCAGCACCUGAUCAUCCCACGGAUCAACCCACAGAAAUCCCCUCAGCUCCACCUUCUCCAUCUCGCUACAUGAGGCGCCUGCCUCCUCCUCCCGGCUUCUACCUUGCCAAAGAGCACAGCUACGCUCAGCUCUGCCCCCUGGAGUGGCGCAAACGCUACGAGAAAGCCACAGACAACCUGGAGAAGGCACUGCGUUUGCUCAGAGCUGCUCGCCGGCGGGAAAACCGCCUCCGCCUCACGCUCCUGCGACUCCAGGACACCAGACUCAAGCAGACCUUAUCUCAAAUUCCAGACCGAAGGAAGGACGGUCAGGACAGCCACAAUAGGUCAGAGCCCCGUCAGAGUGCGAAGCCGGCCCGAUCGGGUCAGAACAGGGGUCUGGAAGAGGUGGAAGAGGCUGAGACGGAGGGCACGGGUGAAGAAAUGGAGCUUCUGACAGACGAAAGUUGGAGGAAAGAACCGUCUGUUAAGCUGAAGGACGGCGUAGAAGAUGAGGACGGGUGCUGUUUUUACUGUGGACGAGGACGAGAGGACGAGGACACCAAAGAAACCGGAUCUCCCAGGAGCAGAACGGUCCAAGCCAGAAGAGGACGAGGAAGAAACGUGUUCAGAGAGACGAUGGCUGAGUCUAAGAGCCACCUGAAAGCCCCUGUGUGUCAGAACAUGGACCCCGAGCAGCUCAAUGAAAUGCUCCUGCAGAUUCACCCACAAUCCACAGCGACCUUCCAGGAACUCACUUCUUCAUCGCCUCAUCUGCAGCACCUCCAACUCCUGCAACCCGACCUGAGCCUUCUUCACGCGGAUAUGUCCAGCACGGACGUUAGCUUUACCCAGGGCGAGGACGGAGGUGGUGGUAUGUGCCACGUCUUUCUGGUUCCAGUGUCUUCUGAAUCCAAAGAGAUGAGCAGGAUGGGUGUAGACGGCUCGAUCCAGAAAACCCAGUCCAUCCUGAUGGCAGAAGAAACCUUCCAGGAGGUGAUUAGUGAACAAGGAGUGGACAUGGGGCUGAGACAAAGCGGACUGAGUGCUAAUCAAAAUGUCCAGCAGACAAACGUCACCAGCAGGAUGGUGUCUGGAGACGUCACCCAGAGGCUGAAGGAACAUCUGGAGGGUUUCCAGCUGCAGCUAAGCAGCGAAUUUAUCGAUUAGAUUUGCUAAUGUUGCACUUUUUGUUUUUGUUUUUCCUAAACAUGCUAACUCUCAAAAUACUUCUAGACACACCUGCUCAUCGCAAUCAUCCAAUCAGAUUCAGUCACUCAGAUAAACACUCGCUGCACAUAAACGCAUCUCACAACACCUUCAGCAAAUCCGCUUACACCAGCAGGAGACCCACAUCAGGAUCACCUCAUAUCAACGUGUGGUCUUGGACGUCCUCCUGAUCAACUGCAAGCUAUCUAAUUACACUGUAUGGCCAAAGGUAUCAGGACACCCGACUUUCCCACCAAGAUGUGCUCCUUCUCCAAACCGUUCCCACAAAGUUUAUUGUACAGGACGUGUUGGGAUGCGACAUAAAAUUUCACCUUCACUUGAAUUAGGAGACCCAAACCUACUAUAGCUUCACAAUGCCCCUGUGCACAAAGUCAGCUCCAUGAAGAUCUGCAUUCCAUGGGUUGGAAGAAGUGUGUGGAAGACUUAGACUUCACCC